AUGGCAUCAGUUAAUAGUAAUAAAACUAAGAAAGAUCCCGGUAAGAAUGUAUCUGAUAGAUUUGAAAGUGGUUUUUAUCAAUUUUUAUCAACUUCUUUAAAUCAUAAUGCUGCAACUCAAAAAGAUCCGGAUGAUGAUUUAACUAUUGAUCCAACUGAUAAUACAAAACAAUUAAAAAGACCAAGAGAUAGAGAUUCAAAGUCAGAAGAGAAUGAUAAUGUUGUUGCUAAUGCAAAAAGAUCUAAAAAUAGUAUUAUUGAUACCAAUGUUUAUCUGGUUUUCAAUGAACCUAAAUUUGAUCAAGCAUUACCAAAAACAAUUGGAUUUCUCGAUAUUCAAAAAAUUGAACAUGCAACUAAAAACCUUCAAAAAAGUGCAAAUUUAAUAUUAAAAUCAUGUCCUGAUUCUUUACAAAUUGAUAAAAUGUUAAAGGAUCAAUCAAUUGAUCAGUCAACAAGAGUUGAAUUAGAACAAAAUAAUUUAGUUUUAUUAGCUUCAAAAUUACAAUCAAAAAAUAAAUUAGGUCAAUUAGAAUUAUUUAAACAAAUUAUUGAAGAUCAAAUUACUAUAACCAAAGAAGAAGAAUUAAAAUUAAAAGAAAUUAAUGAAAAAGAUGGUGAAGUUCCAAUUCAAUUACCAAGUAUUCCAAGAAAUGAAAUAUUUGAAAAAGGUGUUGAUGAAUCAUUACCAAAAUUACCACAAAUUCACAAUUCAAAAUUAUAUGAACGUGUUUUCAUUCAUAAAUCAACUGUUAAUUCAAAAACUCAUUUAAAUCCUUAUGAUUUAAUAAAUUCUCACAAUGAAAGAUUAGAAUUUUAUGGUGAUUCAAUUUUAAAUAAUUUAGUUACUUUAAUUAUAUUUAAAGAAUUUCCACAUGCAUCUGAAGGUCAAUUAUCAAGAUAUAGAGCUGAUUUAAUUAAUAAUAAAGUUUUGACUCAAUUAUCUAUUAGAUAUGGUUUUGAUAGAAAAUUAAAAACAAGAAUUAAUGAAACUGCAUUAAAAAAUGGUGAUCAAAAGAUUUAUGCUGAUGUUUUUGAGGCUUACAUCGGUGCUUUAGGUGUUGAAAGAGGUUUAAAUUUACAAGAAAUUAUGCAAUGGUUAGAUAAAUUAUAUCGUCCAUUUAUUGAUGAAUUUAAAUCUGAUUUUUCAAAAGAACCUAUAAAUAAAAAUGCGAAAACUGAAUUAUAUGCUUUAGUUGGUAGAGCUGAUCUAUAUCCAAUUUAUGAAGUUAUUGAAAAAGGUGAUGGUAUUAAUAAAGAUUUUAAAGUUGUUUGUAAAAUUAAUGGUGAAGUUUUAGGUAUUGGUAUGGGUACUAGUCAAGGAGAAGCUAGUCUUAGAGCUGCAAUGAUUGGUUUAAGAAAUUCAGGUAUAUUAGAAAAAUAUCAUGUUCAAAGAAGGACUAUUGAAACUCCAGCCAGAUUAGAAAGAAUACAAAGACAAGAAGCAAAAAGAUUAGAAAAAGAGAAAAAGAAAGAAGAACAAAGAAGAAUGGAAGAAGCAUUAAAUUUACCACCACCAUCACCAAUUAGAACUUCAUUAUUCCCAUUAAAAAUUGAUGAUAAUGUUGAAAUUGAUGUAAAAGCUAAAAAUGAUAUUUAUGCUGAAAUUGGUAAAAAGACAGGUAUAUCUCCACAAUAUUCUGCUGUUAAUGAUGGUGAUCAAAUUCAUGUUUCAUUACAUGUUAGAGGUAUUUUAGUUGCUACAACUGUUGAUACAAAAAAAAAGAGGGCACAAGCAAUAUUAGCCACUGUUUUAAAGCAAAAUAAACGAGCUUUUAGAGAAGUAUGUAAAAGAUUUCCAAAGGAAGAUGUUUAUGAAAAGAAAGAUGAUGAAAAGAAAGACGACGGUGGAAAGAAAGAUAAUGAAGAUGUUUCAAUGGAAGAUGUUGAAAUGAAAGAUGCUGAAAAGAAUGAAGAAAAGAAAGAAGAAGAGAAGAAGAAUGACGAAAAGAAAGAUGAAACUGAAAAGAAUGCUAAUGAAUCUUGA